AAACCAGUCGAGUUUUUGCCUUGCGCUGAUUAACACACGUUUUUCCCUCCGAACACAUACCGGCGGUUUUUGAGCCUUUAGCGAGAAGAGAGAAGAUUCCCGGUGUGCAGCUCGCUCGAGAUCGUUCUUGCACCGUGUGCCAGGAAACGUGCGUGCGUGCCUCAUGUUGUCAAGAGACCACCGGAGUGUUUUCGUGCGUGCACUUUGUGCCAAGUGUGAUUAGCUCGAUUUUUUUUGUGCCCCGAUCACACCCUCGUUAAUCGGAAACUAAAGAUUUUUUUUUGUUACUCGGUUCGUUUCGUUUUGCUUCAGUGCGACACGACGAGCGUUUUGGGAGCCAAAUAAUCCGUUUGGGUUAUUGUUUUUAGUGAAGAAGAGAGUCGUGCGGUCAGUUAGAGUGAUCGCGCGUCAAGUGCGUAGUGAAGUGCGCGCGCGGAAGUCAAGUGACAAUUCGCGCGAAACCCUGUGCCGUCAUCCAAACCAUCGUGUAGCUGUGCCUACUUGAAUUUGGUGAAUUCGCGUUAGAGAGUUGGAAAAAAUUUGGAUUCUACCCAUAUCGCCUUCGCUUGCUGCGCUCCGUUGGGUUUUUUGCAAAACCCGGAAUAGAACAACCCCCCCGCUAGAGGCAGCGUUUUUUUGAAUCUACCGCCCCAUUGGCGAUCCUGCCGCGUUUUCACCCACACCCGAGUUUAACUAACCGUCAUCAAACAGCACAACCACCCGUUCAAGAGUUGGUUGGUUUUUUCGGGUCCCCGUUUUUUUUUUUUGCUUUUGAGUCAUCGGUCUCUGUUGUUAUGCGAAAUAUUUUUUCGCUAUAUACCCUCAUGUAGCGGAGUCGAAGGAGCAGCCGAAAGUGCCAUCAUCGUCAAAGGCCGCUAGCUCUAGCUAGCCAGCCAGGAACAAGAAGAGAUACCGAGUAGUAGUGGAGGUGGAAGGAAGUGCGGAUCCUCCUCCCCCGCACAGACAAUCUAACCGAACCGACGACAACAACAGCACGCUCUCUACACGCCUAGAGGACCGUUUUUUGGACGAAGACGACGACGACGUCGUAAAAUUCGACGUACGUGAGAGCUUGUGGCAAGCAGGUUCUUUUUUUCACUUCGGGUUCAAAUUUGAAAAGCAUUCUUUUUUGGACCGAGAGACCGAGAGAAUUCCCUCCGUUCCAACAAAACGAGGAAAAAAAAACUGAGAAAAAUUUCGGUAUCCGAAGGAAAUUUUUUCCCGUUAGUGUGAGUGUAUGUAAACCUCAAGCCGUCCGUCGUUUCAGGGCUCGAGAAAAAGUGAAAAACUAAUUUCGGCGUCCAGCGUUUUUUUCUGGUUGUUUUGGUCCGUGUAAUCCACCCCCUACGAAAGCCAAAACAAACAAUACAGUUCCGCGUGAAAGUGAUAAGACAGGAAGUAAACAUUAAACUGUCGCGAGUCGUCGUUGCUUUUUGGCUGCGUUCUUUAUUGAUGUGGUGGUCCCUCUGCCCAGUAGUACCCAAACCCUCACCAAAAGUGAAGUGAGAAUUUCAUCUCUCACUCCCGCAUAGCCUACUAGGAAUUUUUUUAAAACCGCGCAGCAGCCUGUCUGCCAUCACAGAAUUUUGUCCCCGCACCGUUCCAUAAACGGCCCCAAAAUUCUCUCCCUACAACAUCAUCACCACCCGCACCAUCCCCCCGGCAGCACCCUGGAGGGUAGAACGAUCGAAUACCGGCCCGGCGGCGGGUUGGACUACCACAACUCGCCGCUGAUGGCCGAAAUCCCGACCGGGGACUAUAGUCACAUCCACCGGUCCAUCGACCAGCUGCGCUCCAUGAACGAACGGGGCAUGCUCGGUCAGCUGAAUGCCCUAACGGCGGCCAACUCGACCGACCUCCGAUCGGCAAUCGCCGUCCACGAGUACAAACCCUACAUCAACGACCUUAGGCAGCAGCACCAGCAACAACCGCCACCCCAGCAGCAGCAACAACCGCAGCAGCACGACCGGCUCGACUAUGCCGCCGUGGUGCACAAACAAGCUCUGGAGGAGCAGCGAGCGGCUGCCGCCCACAACAACAACAACAACCCGGACCACCACCAGGACCAGGACCAGAAGCCGAUCCACUACAGUGCCCCGAGCACCCCGCCGACGCCGCUCUCCAUCGCCGAACACAUGCAGCACGAAACCAAGAGAUAUGGAGUGAAAUCCGGCCGCAGUCGAAAGGUUAGUUGA